AUGCGAUCCUCCACCAUGACCCCCGCGCUCUCCAGCCUAUUGCUCCUACUGAAUUUUGUCCCAACCGUCAUCGCAACCCCUCUAGCAACAGCCCUACCACUGGACGCUUUGCAGAUUUUGGAAGGGAAUGCCCUUGAAAAGCGAUGCGAGAAUCCCUGUGGCUCUGGUGAUUGGCUAUGUUGUGGUUCCGGCGCAACCUGUUAUACAAACAGUGCCGAUCAAGCAGCAUGCAGUACAGCGGGCAGUGGAUGGGAGUACUACACUACAACUUAUGUGGUCACAGAAGUCGAUCGCUCCACCGUCGUCUCCGUCUGGAGCUCCCAGGUCACAGCUACCGCAACAGCAGCCACGGCCACUGCAACAUGCGACGCCGGUCUAGCCCAGACAACAUGCGGAACCAAUUGCUGUAGUGCGGACGAAGAAUGUGUGGACGGCGAGUGUGUCCUUGAAAGCUCCUCCGCAGCAGUUACCGGUGACGCUACACCUGCAGCACGAGGAACGAGUAGUGGUUGGUCUACUGCGACGGCCACAGCGGCCGCUACCACGACAGAGGGAUUCAUUGCGCCGGUCAGCACAGAUGGAUCUGAUUUGAUCGGAGCUAAAGCAACCAGUAAUGGAGGUGGCCUGAGUGGCGGAGCAAUUGCGGGUAUUGUUAUCGGUACGAUUGCCGGUGUGAUUCUGCUCUUCCUGCUCUGUGCCUGCUUCUGCUUCAAGGAAGCUCUGUACGGUCUACUCGCUGCGCUAGGUUGUGGCAAACGUCGCAAGAAGCAGGAAACCAUCAUCGACGAACGCUACUCGCACCACUCGCAUGGUAGUCGCCCACGUCCACAGGGUGGCCGAACAUGGUUUGGAACUAAGCCUGCGGCGAGCGAAGUCAGUGAGAAGAAGUCUUCUUGGAGUGGCUGGGGCACGGUUGCCGUUAUCCUAGGAGCUCUUGCGCUCUGCUUGGGAUUGAAGCGACACAGGGAUCGGGAACAUGAUGAUGACAGAACUGAGAGCAGUUAUCCAAGCUCAUAUUCCUACUAUUACUCGGACUACACCAGAAGUAGCGACAGCUCUGGAGGACGAACUCGAGACACACGACGAUCUCGCAGAUCACGCACACGAUCGCGACGCUAA